AUGCCUAUGGCACAACAACAACAACAGCAGCAGCAGCCGCAAAAGCAACAACAACAACAACAACAACACCAGCAGCUAAAUCCGCAACAACAACUCCAGACACAACAGCAGGAGCAACUGAAUCCACAAGCACCUGUGUGGAUUCCCAGGGUCGUAACUCCAAUGACAAUGCCAACCACAGUCUUUCCUCCUUUCUACCCGUUCCCUCCUCCUGCUAUGUCAAGUCCUUACAUGGGACUUGGCCCAGUUCCACCUUCAGUAAGGCCAAUUGCUGGAUAUUCUCUUUUUUCGCAUGGUCAAGGAACAGGGAGUCCAUUUCCUUCACCAGGGCAGCAUGCUUGGAUAGAUGCCAAGCGGAAUUAUUUCAGCAGUUUUCCUAACUUGUAUAUGACCCAACAGCCGCCGUAUGGGACCGAUCGUGGGAGUUACUUGGAUGUACCACCCCCAACAUUACCGUUCUUCCCUAGUGGUCCUUUCGCCAGCACAAAAAGCAUUGUUGCUGGUUCAUUAAUUCCUACUUCUGAUAAAUCAGGGCAAGAUGUCAUGUGUCGCAACAUCCUUUCAACAGAAAAGAGAGAAGAGGAUGUCCCACAGGAAGUAUGUCGAGUUGAAAAGAAAAUGGAUGUUACGAGUAUAGAGGAUUGGCACCGUUAUCUAUCUGAGUCUUGUUCAUCAUGUCUCCUAUGUGGAGAAGAUGGACACCGCUAUUCAGCAUGUCGAUUAUUUGACGGUAAAAGUGUUUGUUUUCUACACAUAUCAACCUCUUGCGUUUAUGUAAUGCAUCACAUGCAAUGGAUUGAAGGAGCCAAACUACGAGACGUCUAUUCCUUCAUUCACAGCGCUAUGGGGCUCUCACCAGAUCAAGUGGUUUUAUUUGUCAGCAAUCAGAUGAUAACAUUUACAAAUUACUCUCUCGACACACGUUGCUGUGACUUGCAUCUUCUUCCUGGAGCAAUUGUGGGUGUUACCCAGCAGAAAUUAUCCAUAGAAGAAAGGUUGCCAUUAUCAGUGAGACAAGGAAUGUCUCCUAUAAGAAGGUCUGUACGAGAGGUACUUCCUAUUGAAGAAAAAGAGACACAUAUUGAUGCUACUUUUGAUGUUUCUACCAUCGCAAAAUCUUCAGAACUCUCCGUAUCAACGGCAAUACCUGAGGGGAGAACACAAUACCCUUUGGAAAGUACCAUGGAAGAAAUUACUGAAGUUGUAUCCCUCACCCACAGGGGAGACAGUGCUAAGAGUGGUAUUGCAAGUACAAGAAAUGAAGAGGAGGAAAAGAGUCCUAUGAGCGUUGGAGGUGGAACCGCCGUUCCAUCUCCACAAACAUCAAAAAGUGGUACACUUUAUUCGGAGAGCAGAGAUCCUACCUUGACGACGGUUUCAUCUCUAACUUCAGCUAUUCCCUUUUCAGAUGUUACCACCGGCAUUACAUUUCGCGGUGACAGUGGUCCACUUAACUGGCCUGAGGCUCCUGGUGAUGAUAAGGGUUAUGGUAUGGAAGAAAGAACCCAUCGUAUUGAUCCCACAAUGACAACCUUGGCGGGUAAAGAUGCCGUUCUCUCUCCAUCAACGACGGAGGAUGCCGCAUCAGAGGAAUUACGCCGUCGUCGCACUGUUCAUGUGAAAUUCAUACCAGUUACGAUGACGUUUUCUGCCAUACGCGCGUUGCUGUGGUCUUGUGGUGAAGUGAACAAAGUCCGUUUGGUUCGGCCACGCACUACGGCACACCCCGAGCGUACAUUUUACGUUUGUUUUGCAGAAUACGCAGAUGAGGAGGGGGCGGCCCGAAUGAUUGCACUCCACGGAUGCCGCGUUGCAGGGAACUUUACACUCGCCGUGGCCCCAAGUCGUGAUGCCAUUCGUGGUGGUUUUAUUACUGAUCGUGAUUUCGGCAGCGGCAGGCCGUGUACGUUUGGUCUCAAUGAAGUUGAAAUGCGCCGCUUGGGAAUUCCCACCACCACACCAAUGGCCGUACCAACAACAACAACAACAACAACAACAACAACACCAACAAUGGUAAUUCCAUCUGCGAGAGAGACGGUGCCCUUGCCACCCUUUGCACCCUUCCCUAAGCGAUUUUUCCCUACGCCGACCACUCAAGAGAAGCGUGGAAAAGUCUCUGUCAGAAGUAAUAUUGAGCAUAAAGAUGACAGUUCAAGCGAAGGUGAAGAAGGUGAAGAGAGAGGCUCUGGAGGGGAUGAUGAAAGUGGACCAUACACGCUUCAAAUUGUUUCAACAGUGAAAGGACGAAAAGGACAGCAAAGGGAUCCUUCACGUAGAGUCAGUGGUAUUGAGGGAAGUGAAAAUGUUUUAUCGGCAUCUCCGCGAACGCUUCCUGCUAUGAGACCGUUCCCAGAAGUGGCCUCUCGUGAGACAAUAAGAAGAGCUGAAACACUACGCGCUUCUUUGCGUGACGCCGUCUUGAAUCACUUAAACCAACGAUCAUCCGAGUCCUUUUAUAAUGCAUUCAGAAUAUUGGAAGAACUCAGGUGGACUGCUGGGACUGCUUUAUUUCAUCUUGAACUUGCAGUGUUUGAGGUGUUACUACUUUUGAACCAGGAUAAUGUUAUUCUUUCAAAGGAUCUCGAAAAGUCUGCUGCUGCUGCUGUACGUUUGGGAACUGAGUUGCAUCAGAUAUUGCAAUCCGUUGCUGCAAACAACAGUGCCAUUGCCCCUAUGUGGCGUUCACUCUUCACUCCUACUCCACCGGUACAACAACGAGAACAAGAAUAUGGGGUCGUGGAGAGUGAAAUUGAGGGAGGUAAACUACACGAUUCCCCUGGUGUAUCACCUAUAUAUCCAUGUUUGUCUAAUUGUCUUCGCUUUGUUGAGCUCUUGCUGUAUAUUGCAGUUUUGCUUGACAGCUCCCACAAGAAGAAAACACCGCGUCGUGAUGAGGCAGAGACAACAGGUGCCACACUGUCAUUACCAUUGCCUCCUCAGACGAACCCUCUGCAUGAUGUAGAGAGUGAGUUACUGGUUUCUGCUCGCCGCCUACUUAUGCAACUGCAGCUUGAAUUCUCUACAGAAAGGGGAGUUUCUGCAUCCGCUAAAUGCACAUGGGGUGAUAAAAUAUCUUCUAUAUUACAAAGAAUACCCUCCACAAGUGGUUGGCAUGAUGGGAAUCUAAUACACUUGCUUUCUACAAAUCCCCGACAAAGUUCCCAAGGGAUAUUGUUGGAAAGCCUGGAUUUUCGUCUUUUCUAG